AUUUAAAUAUAAAUCAAAUUAAUUAUAACAUCUUCCACAUAUAUUAUCCGGUCACCACAAUACAAAUAGCGAAGAAAAACAAAAGCUAAACCGUUAAAGACUAUUCAUUUUAAAUGUUUAUUUAAGUUAUAUGGUAGAUUAAACAAUAUAUAUUACAAAAGAUAACUAGUAGUAUUAAAUUUGAUGGAAGAGGGUUCAAAUGGUUGCUCUUUUUGUUAAUUUAAAUGAAAAAGGAAGAAAACCAAGCUUGAAAAAGCAAGGCAAAGAAAGAAGGAAUGGUUGGUUUCCAUUGCGCCUUUCUUUUUCUUGUUUCUCUCUGCUAAGCAUCUUUUCUUUCCUUCACUUUUUUGGGUUCUUUUCUUAGUCUCCCAAUCUCUCAAACACUUGCCACUUUACCUUGUUGUAAAAAAUAAAAUCUCUGGGUUCUAUACCUCCACCAUUUCUUUAUAAUCUUCAGGUGGAAACACUUGUUCAAUUCUGAAUUUUAGAAUUCGGUUUUCGAGAAAUUUCAAGAAAUUGGACCUCCAAUUUCCUUGAAUUGUGGAAAGAUUGCAUUUUGUUCAAUUAUUAAGCUUUUGUUCUUGAGUUUCUUGAAACUCAAUACCAUAAAGCCUUAUUUUUUUAAUCUCUUUCUUGUUCUUUCUUUUUUGGUUUUGUGAAUCCAUGGGACUUUGUCAUGGAAAACCCAAUCAAACCCUCGAAACCCAACUCGAAAACUCCAAUUUCCCGAAUGAAAUCGAACCAACAACACAAAAUUCCCAAACAGGGAAAUCAUCAUUCCCUUACUACAGUCCAAGUCCCUUCCAUAACAGUAACGCCUUCAAGAAUUCACCUGCAAAUUCGAAUUCAAGUGUGAGUUCGACACCUCUUCGCAUAUUCAAACGCCCUUUCCCACCUCCAUCACCUGCAAAGCAUAUUCGAUCGUUGCUUGCAAGGCGACAUGGGUCUGUUAAGCCUAACGAGGCCUCGAUUCCUGAAGGGAAUGAAUUCGAAGUUGGACUGGAUAAAAAUUUCGGGUAUUCUAAGCAGUUAUUAAGCCAUUAUGAGCUUGGAGAAGAAGUGGGUAGGGGGCAUUUUGGGUAUACCUGUACUGCUAAAGGAAAGAAAGGGAGUAUGAAGGGCCAUGAUGUUGCCGUUAAAGUUAUCCCCAAAUCCAAGAUGACUACAGUAAUUGCUAUUGAAGAUGCAAGGAGAGAAGUGAAAAUAUUAAAGGCUCUAACAGGGCAUGACAAUCUAGUUCAAUUUUAUGAUGCUUAUGAGGAUGAAGACAAUGUCUAUAUAGUUAUGGAGUUAUGUAAAGGAGGUGAACUAUUAGACAGGAUACUUGCAAGGGGUGGAAAAUAUUCAGAAGAAGAUGCAAAGGCUGUUAUGGUCCAGAUUUUAAGAGUCACAGCCUAUUGUCAUCUUCAAGGUGUUGUUCAUCGUGACCUCAAGCCUGAGAAUUUUCUAUUUACAUCAAAGGACGAACAUUCCCUCCUUAAAGCCAUUGACUUUGGACUCUCUGACUACGUAAAGCCAGAUGAGAGGUUGAAUGAUAUUGUUGGAAGUGCAUACUAUGUAGCACCUGAAGUUCUCCAUAGAUCAUAUGGGACUGAAGCUGAUAUGUGGAGUAUUGGUGUUAUUGCAUAUAUUCUUCUAUGUGGAAGUCGACCCUUCUGGGCCCGCACAGAGUCCGGAAUCUUCCGGGCUGUUCUUAAGGCGGACCCCAACUUUGAGGAAGCCCCAUGGCCGUCUUUAUCAUCUGAUGCAGUUGACUUUGUCAAAAGGCUUUUAAACAAAGAUUAUCGCAAGAGACUUACAGCUUCACAAGCCCUAAGUCAUCCAUGGCUUGCGAGUUAUCAUGAUGUGAGAAUACCUUUAGACAUGAUAAUCUUCAAGACUGUAAAAUCGUAUAUAUGUUCGUCUCCUCUAAGAAGAGCUGCUUUAGGGGCUGUUGCAAAGAUACUGACAAUUACCGAGCUAGGUUAUCUUCGUGACCAAUUUAUGUCACUAGGGCCAAACAAAAAUGGAUUCAUAUCCAUGCAGAAUUUCAAAUCGGCUUUGAUGAAGAAUUGCACGGAUGCUGUAAAGGACUCUCGUGUGCUAGAUUUUGUCCAUAUGGUGAGUUCUCUUCAAUAUAAAAAAUUUGAUUUUGAAGAAUUUGGAGCAGCAGCCAUUAGCAUUCAUCAGCUAGAAGCAAUGGAAAAUUGGGAGCAACUUGCUCGCCGUGCCUAUGACCUUUUUGAGAAAGAUGGCAACCGCCCUAUCAUGAUUGAAGAACUUGCCUCGGAACUUGGGCUUAGCCCAUCGAUACCGGUUCAUGUGGUUCUUCAGGAUUGGAUAAGACAUGCGGAUGGAAAGCUUAGUUUCUUGGGGUUCAUAAGGCUUCUACAUGGAGCCUCAUCUCGUGCGUUCCAAAAGGCGUGAGUUAAUGUCAAAAUAACAAUACAUCAUAUUAUGCCAUUACAAAAAUGGCUCGAGGAUAUAAAAGUCUUUCAAGAAAUAGAAACAAGGAAACACGUACGUAUGUUAAGUUAUGCCAAACAAAGUCGCGUAUUGUUUGUCAAAAUCUAGAGAAUUGUACAGAGGUAGGAGGUCUCACUUCUCAGUGUGUUUAGUGUAGAAAACCGUGUAAUGGUUGAGUGAGUUUUGUGCCGAUUUUAUGUCAACUUUUUUUUUUCUUUCUUUUUUCGUUAGGUUGCUUGUGUUUAAGAUGGCUUCUUGUUGUGUACUUCUAAACACUUUUAUAUAUGUUAUCUUAAUAAUGGUCGAAAUGACUUUGUUUGGUGUAUAAGACAUCUUCGGGC